UUGCCGGCAUUCAAAUCGAACGCGCGUGUUUACGUCCGUCGCUGCCGUAUUUAGGAUUAUUGUAAAUGUUUCGCAGUUUGCGUAAAUAUAAACUUGGUUAGUUUUGCGCGCGUGAUUUGAUUCUUGGUGUGCAUGUAAAUAAUAAUUGUUGCUGUUAAUUGCUGGUUAUUCUGCAUUCAUUAAGAGCGUUAUAAUAAAGGCUUAACAAUAUUUGUCGUCCGACCAACAACAAAAACCAGGACAAAAAGCAACAUAAUCAUUUUUUUUAAUGUUUUUUCUCCCAUUGUUUUUUUUUUUGGGCAAUCAAAUGUCAGUGCAUUAAAUAUAAUUCAAGUGCAAUUGUUGCUGUUUUUUGCUACACGUGAAGUGCUACACACGCACAUACAUAUAUACAAAACUUACAUAUGCGUGUAUGUAAAGUUGUAAAUUGUGUGUAAAGGAAAACCCAAAGGCAAAGCAACGAGCAAUAACAAAAUUUUUGAUAUACAAGCAAAAUAAGAAAACAAAAAAAAUAAAAAGAAAAAAUAUACCAAGUUGAAAGAAAUUUAAAACCGGAUUCAAUACAACAACAACAACAACAACAACAAAAACAACAGCAGCCAAAGAAACAACAAAUUUCUCGCUGCGGCUACGCACACAGCAGCGACGCCGACGCCAACGUUAACAUCUAUCCUCAACGACAGCAUCCCGCGGCAGCUGCUCAGCCGAUUGUGUUAUAGUUGUUGUUGCUAUUGCUAUUGCUGCUGCUGCUGUUAGACGGCAGCAGAGCAGAGCAGGCGCAACAGGAGCGAUCGCUGUGCAAGUAUAAGAAAAAGUGGAAGGAGAAGCAGAAGAAGAAGAAGCAAAAGCAAUAGCAAGCAGACAUCGCUAAAAGAUCGUUAAGCGAAAUCUUGACAAUAUUUACGGAGUCAUAUAUAACACAAGCACUAACAAUAGCAAUAUUAGUAGCAACAAUAACAACCAACAGCCAACAACAACAGCGACAGAAGUUAACGAGUUGCAGACGUGGCUAAUUGCAAGUCCCAAUAUUAAUGGUAAUUUCAUGCUGUCAUUGCGCAAAAAUCAACACGGCACCAAAAGCGCCAGAAGAAAGCAUAAAGUCAACGACGCCAUCAAUGACCUCAACUAACUCGUAAAUGCAACUACAAGAGCACCAACUACAGCAAUAACAAUAUCAAUCUCAACGUGCAACAGCAACUGUCCUUGAGUCAGCAAAUUGGCAACUCUGAGCGCAAUUGUCUAGAGCCAAUCCAAACUAAGACAGAGAGAGACAUAAGACAAUUUGCAACAAUGGCACACUCCAAAGUCAUAUUAAAGAUACUUUUCUCGCUGUGCGUGUGGUCGUUUGUCAUCAUUGGACUAUUUAAGAUGCACGGCACAAAUCUAGUGCCUCAGGACUAUCACCAGGUGCCACAGGAGUAUCAACAGUUGCCCAUCAACGGACGCAGUUUGUUACAAAAAGAUAUGCUACGCUAUGCGGAGACAACUUCAACUACAACUGAUCAUUUUGAUCCCAGCGAGAUACUUGUCGACAAUCGCACAGCCAUGGACGAUGAUCAGCUGGUGCGAGAUGUGGAAUCGAGAAUACCAUCGCUCCCAAUUGCCUACUGGAGCAAGAACAAGAACUUUCUGCAGCAAAAGUCAUCGACAUGUGCCAAAUAUCCGUCCAUCUUUGAGCUGGAGUUCAAUAACAUCUAUUGGCAAACGCUGCGGACAUCGAAUGGAACAUUUCAGCUUUUUGGCGCCUAUUACGACAUAAGACGCACAUCGUUGUUGGGUCCGACGGUGCGAAUUUUGGGCAUGAUCGAUCGCAUUGAGCCAAAGGUGAAAACGUACUGUCAGUUUUGGUUCGAUGGCCAGAAGGAGCCGUUUAUUGUGAAGACAUUUGAGUACAAGUAUAUUUGGUACAACAAAUGGGGCAACUACAAGCAGGGUAUCUAUCAGCCAUAUUUGAUUGCCUGCCAGAUACCGAAACCCUUUCACGGUGUUGUGCCCAGCUCAGUGUCCAUGGUGGAGAAGGAAUGUGAUACGGCUACAAACAAUUUACGCGUCAUUUAUAAUCGACCACCGGAUGAUCAAAAGAAGGGAUUUGCUGUCUGUGUCAAGGGAUUGGACUUUCUCUAUGAUGAUCUGAGCGUACGCUUAAUCGAAUGGAUCGAGAUGUUGAAUAUAUUGGGCGCCGACAAGAUUUAUUUUUACAAUCUGCAAGUGCAUCCGAAUAUCACCAAAGUGCUCAGCCAUUACGAGCAGGAGGGCAAAGUGCAGGUGAUCCCAUUGACGCUGCCUGGCGGGCAACCGAAUGUUCCCGGCUUCCAGCAUCUCUACUUGACAAAGAAGACCAAUCACAAAAGGCAGAACGAGGUGAUACCCUAUAACGAUUGCCUUUACAAGAAUCUCUACCUGUAUAACUACAUUGCCCUGCUGGAUAUCGAUGAAGUGAUCAUGCCCAAAGGCAACUCGGUCCUCUGGUCCGAGCUAAUGGACAAGGUGCGUCCCGAAUCGCUGAAAAUUAAGCCGGACGGUUAUCACAGCUAUAACUUCCGCAAUGUGUACUUCCUGGAUGAUCAACAGCAUGAGCAUGGCUGGCACAAGGAUAUACCCAAGUAUAUGCAUAUGUUGCAACAUGUGCAUCGCGCCAAGAACUACACAAAGCCCAAUCAGUAUGUCAAGUGUUUCCAUGAUCCGGAGCGUGUGCUCACGCUGCACAAUCACUUUCCGCUAAGCUGUUUGGGCGGUGUUUGCAAAUCGUAUCCGGUGGAUACACAGGAUGCUCAGUUGCAGCAUUAUCGCGCCGAUUGUGUGAAGACGCUGAAGAAGAGCUGCGAGGAGUAUCGUGAGCAUUCGGUCGAAGAUAAGACAAUAUGGAAGUACAAGGAUGAGCUAAUAAGACGCACCAUCAAGACCCUUGAGACGUUGGGCUUCUUCAGGCGCAGUGGCGGACCCGGUUUCACCGGCAGCAGCAGCGGCCUCGGCGGUGGCGCCACAACCCAUUCGACGGAACGGUGAUUUCCACUGCUCGGCAGCUGGGCAUGGCCUUGGCUACCGUCUGCCCCAUUUGUGGAUCCAGCGGUGGCUGGCGGAUUGGGCAACGAAGAGUUUUUUGUCUAGUGAGAAAUGGAUAGCGAGAGAGGGAGAGACACCGAGAGAUAGACAUAGCAACAGAGAAAGGAAGGGAGAUCAAUUUAUAUAGAGAGAAAGAGAGAAAGAGAGAGCUCCUUGCCGCAUCGGAAACUGCAAAUGAACUCUAAUCAUAAAAAACAAAUAACCCGACCCCUCAGCAACCUUUCCUACCCAGCCACUCCCCCUUUGUCUAGAGCUCGAUUUGUUCAUUUUCUGUAUUAUAGAAAAGUGUUUUUUUUUUUUACCAUAAUGAUAACAGUUAUUAAUAUAAUUUUUGAUUUGUAGUAUUCAGUAUGCUGUAAUAUGUAAUUCCCCACAUAUGUAUAUUUAAAUAGUUUAUUAUUCUAAAGUUAUUUUUCAUUCUAUCUUACCUUAUGUCCUUAUCAACUACUAUACAUAAAUGCACACACACAUGCACGUAACAUAUAUAUAUAUGUAUAAAUAUAUAUAUGCAUAUAUACGCACUUUCGUAUGGCUAGUGUAUAAACAAGAAUAACAAAGAACAUAGAAAGCGAAAGAAAACACUUUUAAAAUUGUGCCUUCAACUUUAAAUUGUAGUGUUAGGGUUUUAAAGGCAGCGACUAUCAUCAAGGUGUCGGAAAAACUGCACUGAACUUAGCACUGUACUAUACAUAUACAUACAAUCCCCACACACACACAUACCCAUACACACACACACACACACAUACACAAAUAACUAAUCGUAAUUUAAAUGUAUAAAUCGAUUAUAUACAUAUAUUUGUAUGUAAGUAUUCACAAAAGACGUUGCAAAUUUAAAUGAAAAGCCGAAAAGAACAGACACACAUGUAGACACAAUUAAGAUGAAGAUAAUGGAAAACCUAUACUAAGUUCAAGACUGAUGAUGUUUAUUAUAUAAUAAUUAGAUACAAUUGCAAAAUCGUGUGAAAUUGAAAGAAAUUUCAAAAAUUUAAUUCAAAUUGUGCGAAAGUCAAACAAAUUUCAAUUGAUAUUAUCUAUUAGUUAGUAUUGUUGUGGACUGUGCACUGCAAGUAAACUAACAAUAAAAAAAAACGAAAAAAAUGAUUAAUAAAAUGCCACUUAUAACUGUACUUAGCUAACGAAUAUCAUUAAAUGCUAAGCAACAAAAGAAUAAAAAUUCUCAAAAAAAA